GCCCCACAAGCUCGGGACUGGCUGGCGGAGGAUGAACCGAUCAACACUCUGAAGUUGGGAUUCAGUUGCUGGCAAGAUCCAGAAAAUGGGUUACUGGAGAAGACUCACUCUGAUUCUGCUACUGCUGUUGUUGCUCUCAUGCAAUGGCCAAGCAGGACGGAAUGUGAAGAGUAAUGUCUGCAAGUGGUGUGAUAAUACCUACCCAGUCUGUGAAGAUCAUGUGUGUUACAGCAACUGUGACUUGAGCUCCUAUUGUGAAAAGCCAGAGGAAAUCUGUGUGUCUAUAUGGAAGCAAGACAACGAGAGCAUUCGAGUGAGCACUCUCUGUCACAACCCACAGCUCCCUGUGGAAAAUGUCAUGGUUCCCAAGUAUAACACAUCCCAUUGUAUUAUGGUCCGUCAGCAUAAUGAGGAUGGCAUAUUUUACAUCUGUGGCUGUGUGAAUGAACAGGAAUGCAAUGACAAACUUAUAUUUGAAAAUCAUACUAAUGGAUAUUCUAUGUUACAAAGCAAAGAAAUAAUUCCUGUGGCAGCCAUCAGCCUGUUGCCCCCACUGCUAGUUGCCAUCAUGGUAACAGCGACAUUCUACCUCUGUCGAACCCAUAGACAGAGCAGGAGAUCCAAGGAAUGGCCUCAGAAACAAACCCAGCGCCACACACUGCCUGAACCAAGCAGAGCCACUAGUUAUGAUGAGAUGCUGUCUGUCAAGAUAGACCACCACUCCACCAUGAGCACAGCCUGCGCCAACAACAUCAACCAUAACACUGAACUGUUGCCUAUUGAACUAGAUGAGAGAGUCGGGAAAGGGCAGUUUGCUGAAGUCUGGAGAGCAAAACUUAAGCAUGUCUCUUCGGGCCAAUAUGAGACGGUGGCAGUGAAGAUUUUCCCUUGUGAGGAAUAUGCUUCCUGGAAAAAUGAAAGCCAGAUCUUCAACGAUGCCAAUCUUAAGCACGGCGGCAUCCUUCAGUUCCUCACAGCAGAGCAGAGACACUCUGGGCUCCAGAAAGAAUACUGGCUCAUUACAGCCUACUACAGUCAGGGAAACCUCAAGGAUUAUUUGGCCAGGAAUGUUCUGAGCUGGAGGGACUUGCAAAAGAUGGCUGGUUCUCUAGUGAGUGGUGUGGCUCACUUGCACAGCGACUACAGUGCCUGUGGCAGUCCAAAGAUCCCUAUCGCCCACCGGGAUAUCAAGAGCACAAACAUCUUGAUUAAGAAUGAACAGGAAUGUGUGCUGUGCGAUUUUGGAAUUGCUCUGAGGCUGGAUCCAUCCUUAACUGUGGAAGAUCUUGCUAAUAGCGGGCAGGUGGGUACUGCCAGAUAUAUGGCUCCUGAAGUUUUGGAAUCCAGAGUGAAUCUUGAAGAUCUGGAGUCUUUCAAACAAAUGGAUGUUUAUUCCAUGGCUCUGGUUUUAUGGGAGAUAGCUUCCAGGUGCAACGCUAUAGGAGAGGUCAAGAAUUAUGAACUACCAUUUGGAUCAAAAGUCCGGGAGCAACCCUGCAUGGAGAUUAUGAGAGACAUUGUCCUGCAUGGUCGAGGGCGUCCAGAGAUUCCAAGUAACUGGCUGGUCCAUCAGGGAAUGCAUUUCCUGUGUGACACUAUCACAGAAUGCUGGGACCAUGACCCUGAAGCUAGACUCACAGCACACUGUGUGGCAGAGAGGUUUAAUCUGAUGGCACAGACAGAUUGCAAUGACAUCCUCAACAACAACAGCAGCCACAACAGCAGCCUUGACAAUGAGGCAAGCAAAACGGGUUGCCCGACAGAUGAGAAUCAAGAAAGUGUCAGGAAUAUCCAAUGACUGGAGAAGAAAAUAAAAGCAUCCCUGGGCAGACCACUCAGAAAAAAAUAUACCCUCCCAUUUUGUUCAUGAAUGAAUAAAACUUAUUUAUAAGACCUUUUUAUUUACUAGGCAAAAGGCAGAGCCACUACAUUAAUGUUAUGUUCAGCACAUGAUAUACUUAUAUUAAAUAUAUAACACAAAAACCAUUUAUUUUUAUUUUUAAAGAUUCACAAUCAACACACAUUUAAAAUUUCCCUCCCUUCAGUGUCCAUUCUUUAUGAGGGGGCAAGGGAACACCGUCUGACCUUAGCCUGUUAUUAGAUCGCACAAAUCACUGGAACAAUUCAGUUUUAAUCAGAUAAGCACUCCACUUGCUCUCACUUGUUUUUUUAAAAAUAAAAUUUACAAUUUACUUACAA